UGAGUGAAUUUCCUUUACACACGUUCUUUGUUGUGACGUAUACGAUUCCAGUGUACUUCUUGGUAGGGUUUUCGUUGGACGUGUGGGUGUUUUUCCGAGUGUUCGCUUUGAAUUACUUGAUGGUAUAUUGCAGCCGAUCUCUGGCCAUGUUGUCCUCUAGUCUAACGCCAACAUUCACGAUGUCUUGUUUCAUUGCGCAGACUUUCUUUUCAAUGUACCUCAUGUCUGCUGGAUUUUUCAUUAAUCUUGAAAAUAUAUUUGAAGGUCUACAGUGGGUGUCAAAAGUAUCCUACCUAAAGUGGGGUUUCCAAGGAUUGUGUCAGACAGAGAUAUCUAGACUGAACUUUACAUGCAACCUGAAUGACACUCGUCAGUGCAUCAGUACCGGAAAUCAAGCACUGCAUCUCUACUCGCUAGACGGCAGUACUGUCUCCGACUCGUGUCUCGUGAUUUUAGCCUCCAUUGCUGUUUAUUUGGUGCUAUAUUUCAUAGCAUUGAAAUUUAUACCACAGAAACCUCAUCAAGUUUGAUUAAUUUAUUUUUUACAAACUUAUUAUUGUUAAAAAUCAAAAGAAGCGUAACUGUGAGUGCCUUUUGUCAAAAAAGGUUUUUAAUUUAUUGCAUACUCAGCGGGAUUGUCCGUUUAUUUUUAAAUGAUGUACUUAAACACUGGACUCUAGUCAUUGAACCAUUUUGGUAGUCUGUUUGUGCAUGCAUAUAAGUAUUGGUAUUUUUGAAUCAUAUUGAUGUCAAAAAGGUUUUACAAAAAUGUAUACCCUUGUCUGCAAGUUGUUACGAUACGACAAUGUAUCGUAUUGUAGCUGCAGAACUGCAGCGUUAUGGUUUUUAAUAUGUUACUCUAUGGUCAAAGACAAAUAUAAUGUACCCUGGUAAAAACCAUAAAGCUACAGUUCUGCAGCUAAUCGUGUUGUAGAAGAAGGAAGAAAGCAGUCAUCGGAUGCAGAACUUUCAUUUUUUGUGCCAAUUGUUUUCCCCACAAAUUAAUGCCAUAUUGUGGGUUGAUAUGUCAUUUUCAAUGUUGUGAAGUGAUCUGACAUUUUGCUUCGUUUUAUUUAAAGUACGUCAUCGAUUGUUGAAGACAACGAAUGUUCCGUUAGCAUUUGUUUAAUUCAUGUACCUUUGUUUUUCUUCAUGUUCGUUGUGCUUUCAUUGAAAUAAAAU